CCGAUUUGGGACCAUCGUCAUCAUAUCAUACGAUGCAUCUAGCAACACACUUGUGUGUGGACUAGAUAAAAGAAAAAGAUGGGGAACUGAGUUCGUGGAAAGAUGUGAUUAGCACUCGAGGGAGUCCACUGUUUUUCGGAAGUUUCACAGUAACCUAAUUUACGGACCGGAAUCGUCUCAAAGUCGACAUCUGAGAAGUGAAAAAACGUUGAAGAAGAAGUAAAAACGCAUUUUCUAGUUUAAAACGUCAUUGAAACGAAUUAAAUUUUGUAGCCUAUCUCAUAUAUAUAAAUGUAUAUACACAGAAACUGAAUUAGAAUAAGUCUCGAUUAGUGUUUAACCAUGCAAGACGUUAGAGCAUCUCUCCGGCCAACAUUCGAACGAAGUAAAAUGGGUUUUAUGAAAGCUCUCAAGUGGCAAUUUUUGCCAGCAGUGGUCUGUUUCAAUUUGGCCUAUUUGAUUUCUUACCUAUUCCCCUUUUGGUGCUUUAUUUUGAUCGUGAGUGGGUUAGCCCAGGUGAUCUACGGCUACUACAAUUCUAUGUCCAUCUCGCCGCAAGGUCGAGGCGUGCUGAUUACCGGAUGCGAUUCCGGCUUUGGACAUCAGUUAGCAGAGAAGCUGCAUUCGAUGGAUUUUACCGUCUUUGCCGGUUGCCGAGAUGAAAAGAGUUACGGGGCAUUAGGUUUGCAAAGCAUAGGGAAUGAAACUGGAAGGUUGCACGUUAUCAAAUUAGACGUUACCAGUAACGAAGAUGUGAAGAAAGCUCGUGAAUAUGUCGAAAAUCAUCUUCCGGCCUUGGGGAUGUGGGCUGUUGUCAAUAAUGCUGGUCGCUACAUUGUUGGUUUCCUCGAAUGGCUUGCCAUGGAAGAUUACAAUAAGGUUGCAGCAGUUAAUUUGUUUGGUGCUAUACGUGUGACGAAAGAAUUUUUACCACUCAUCCGCAAGAGCCAUGGGCGGGUUGUUAACGUCUCUUCCAUCCUGGGUCGUAUUCCAGACCCAUUUUUGGGUGCUUACAGCAUCACGAAAUUCGCACUUGAAGCCUAUUCGGACAUUCUUCGUUUUGAAAUGAUCCCGUUUAAUGUGAAAGUCAGCAUGAUUGAACCGGGUAACUUCUUGGCUGCUACAAAUGUUCUUUCUGGAAAGGAAGGUUUGAUUGCAAUGGCCAACAAGACGUGGCACAAACUCGAUGAAUCCAUCCAGAAAGACUAUGGAAAAGAGACUUUCGACAGGCAGCUACGUAUCGUAGAAAUUCUUAUGAAACUCUCGGAAAGAGAUAGUGGAUCCGUCGUAUCUGCUAUGACAGAUGCUGUGUAUCGAGAAUAUCCCAAGCAUCGCUAUUUGGAAGCCAAUCUAAUUGAUAAAGCUAUGGCCUAUUGCAUCCAAUUUGUGCCUACAUCGUGGACUGACAGUCUGAGACUAGGAUUCCAAAAACAGUUAAUUAAUCUGUAUCGCUAAGGCACCGUCCUUCUGUUUCAUUCAAUAGGCAAACUAUCCGGCGUAUCCCCAGAAUUGAUUUCUACACAGAAUGUUUUAGCUCUGAAUUAUUUUUGCAUCUAGAAACUAAAAAAAAGUGAAAAACUA